UGUGUCUCUAUUAAAGUGUUUUCCUACAAGGGCUACAUACUGGGGAGGGUGUUUGUGCAGAUCACUACUCUCCAUUUCUCAGCAAAAAUGAAUCUUUUCAGCUUUUGAGAUUGCCAAUGAUGGAUCUGGAAAUCGGGGUCUAUCAAAAUAUUGUUAAGAAAGAAUCAUGGAGAACAUUGUUAACAUUAGCCUAUCAAAGUCUUGGCGUUGUGUACGGAGAUUUAAGUACUUCACCCUUAUAUGUGUUCAAAAGCACUUUCGCGGAAGAUAUUCAACACUCAGAGACCAACGAAGAGAUUUAUGGAGUUUUAUCUUUCAUUUUUUGGACUUUAACUUUGGUUCCAUUGCUUAAGUAUGUGUUUAUAGUGCUUAGAGCUGAUGAUAACGGUGAAGGAGGGACUUUUGCUUUGUACUCCUUGCUGUGCCGACACGCCCGACUCAACUCACUUCCUAAUGGCCAGUUGGCUGACGAGGAACUCAGUGAGUACAAGAAGGAUCAUGUUGGUUUGGCACCAAAAAGUAGUUUUGGGACAAAGUUGAAAUCCACUCUUGAAAGGUAUAGAGUUUUGCAGCGGUUUUUGCUUGUAUUGGCUUUGAUUGGGACCUGUAUGGUGAUUGGUGAUGGUGUGCUCACCCCAGCUAUUUCUGUUUUUUCUGCAGUAUCAGGGCUUGAGCUUUCCAUGUCUAAGGAGCAUCACAAAUAUGUAGAAGUUCCAGCUGCUUGCAUCAUACUGAUAGCCCUGUUUGCACUUCAACAUUAUGGCACACACAGAGUUGGAUUCUUGUUCGCACCUGUGGUUUUAACAUGGCUUCUAUGCAUCAGUGCUAUUGGAUUAUACAACAUCUGUCACUGGAAUCCUCAUGUAUAUCAAGCACUUUCUCCGUAUUACAUGUAUAAAUUUCUGAAGAAAACUCAGAAAGAUGGUUGGAUGUCCUUGGGUGGCAUUUUGUUGUGUAUAACAGGCUCAGAAGCUAUGUUUGCUGAUCUUGGACACUUUUCACAAUUGUCAAUCAAGAUUGCUUUCACCUCUUUGGUUUAUCCAUCCUUGAUUCUUGCAUAUAUGGGGCAAGCUGCUUAUCUAUCUCAGCAUCACAUUGUUGACAAAGAUUACCGGAUCGGAUUUUAUGUGUCUGUACCAGAGAGUUUGAGAUGGCCGGUUCUAGUUAUAGCCAUUCUUGCUGCGGUAGUUGGAAGCCAAGCCAUUAUCACGGGCACUUUCUCAAUCAUCAAGCAAUGUUCUGCUCUGGGUUGCUUCCCUCAAGUCAAAAUAGUCCACACAUCAUCCAAAAUCCAUGGUCAGAUCUACAUUCCAGAGAUUAAUUGGACACUGAUGUUGUUGUGCUUGGCUGUUACAAUUGGUUUUAGAGACACAAAACGCUUGGGCAAUGCAUCAGGUUUGGCUGUCAUAACUGUUAUGCUUGUAACCACCUGCCUAAUGUCCAUCGUGAUCGUGUUAUGCUGGCAGAAGAGUGUCUUCUUUGCAAUAGCUUUUGUUGUCUUCUUUGGCACAAUUGAAGCUCUUUACUUCUCAGCUUCUCUUAUCAAGUUCCUUGAAGGCGCUUGGGUCCCAAUUGCCCUUGCAUUCAUCUUUCUUGUUGUCAUGUGUGUGUGGCACUAUGGCACGCUGAAAAAGUACGAGUUCGAUGUGCAAAAUAAGGUCUCCAUCAACUGGCUACUUAGCUUAGGUCCCAGUCUAGGCAUUGUACGGGUCCGUGGCAUUGGCCUUAUACACACCGAACUCGUAUCCGGAAUCCCUGCAAUCUUCUCCCACUUUGUUACUAACCUUCCAGCAUUUCACCAGGUUUUGGUUUUCCUCUGCAUAAAAUCUGUCCCAGUUCCUCAUGUUAGACCUGAGGAGCGAUUUUUAGUCGGUCGUAUUGGUCCAAGAGAGUAUAGAAUGUAUCGGUGCAUUGUAAGAUAUGGAUAUCGUGAUGUACACAAGGACGACAUCGAAUUCGAGAAGGAUCUUGUGUGUAGUAUAGCAGAGUUUAUACGUUCAGGAACUGCUGAAGCCAAUGGCAGUAGUGCAAAGGACGACUUGCCGAAGGAUGAAGACAAAAUGACAGUCGUUGGCACAUGUUCAACCCAUACCGAAGGGAUUCAAAUGAGCGAGGAUGAUGUGAACAACCCAGAAUCAGCAGGCACAUCAGAGUUACGGGAGAUACAAUCUCCCCCGGUUACGAAACCAAAGAAAAGAGUGAGAUUUAUCGUUCCAGAAAGUCCGAAAAUCGAUAGGGAUGCAAUGAAAGAGCUUCAGGAACUUAUGGAAGCGAGGGAAGCGGGGAUUGCCUACAUAUUAGGUCACUCAUAUGUGAGAGCAAAGAAAGGAUCCAGCAUGAUAAAGAAACUUGUAAUAAACAUUGGGUAUGAGUUCUUGAGAAGAAAUAGCAGGGCAGCAACAAAUGCACUAAGUGUACCACAUGCAUCUACACUUGAAGUGGGGAUGAUUUAUGAUGUAUGAAUUUUGGUAUAUAGAAAAUUAUACAGAAUUAUAAUGUACAUGAUAUAAUCUUAAUCCAGGGGUAUCAAUUAUUAGCAAUAUUUUAAUAAAAUGAAGAGGUAAUUAAUAUUUAGAAUGUUGAAGAAUAUGAAGAAGGUAGAGUUGUGAUCAUCUGAAAUUAUGUAAUAACUACGUAACCCACGUAUGAUGAAGAUGAAGAUGAAAUAAUCCAACGAG